UAAACUCUGAGUCUGCACACACUUGCCCGGGUGCCCCUCAACCUCACUCCCUCCAUCCCUACAUUUUUCCUCCACUUUCCUCAUCUUUGAUCCUCUGCUUUCUGGUCUUCCACAAGCUGUCCAGCAGAAACAUCAGACAGAAAGCAUGCUAACUCUACUGGUGCUCACAUCUGUGGUGCUGUUCAGUGCAGCUCCCCAGUCAGAGGCUAUAGUGGUGUAUACUGGCUGGGAGAGGCAUGCUUUGGUAGGCUCGGAUAUCCGGCUUUCCUGCUCUUUCUUCUCAUGGCGAUGGACUUCUGAUGAUGUCACCUUCUCAUGGAGCUACAGGCCAGAUGGGGCGAAAGACAGCAUCUCUAUUUUCCACUACACAAAUGGAGUUCCCUAUGUGGACAAUAAAGGGCCAUUCCGGGACCGCCUGGAGUUUGUGGGCAACCCAGCUCGUCGCGAUGGCUCUAUCCUUAUCCGAAAUCUGGACUUUGCUGACAAUGGAACCUUCACCUGUGAUGCCAAGAACCCUCCAGACAUAGUGGGCCGACCCUCCAGCGUACGACUUCUGGUAUUUGAGAAAAUCCCAAUUCAGGCCGGCGUGAUCACAGGUGCGAUUAUCGGGGUGGUUUUGGGUUUGCUGAUCCUGGUGGUGGCCAUCUACUAUCUGAUGCGCUUCUUGGUGGCCCGACGUGUCUUCAGCUUGAGUGUGAGCAAACAUGGCAAGAAAGGCAAAGGGAAAGAGGGAGCCCAGCAAAAACAGGCUUCUGUCGUGGUGGAUCCUGCAAAGCAGAAGGCGCCAGCAUCUGAGAAGAAGAAGCAAGAGGCGCGCAGAGAAAAGAAAUAGGGCUUCGCGAGCAGAGAGCUAGAGUUCCAGGAACAAGCACCUGGAGAAGGCAGGAAAGACAGGAAGGACAGGGUUCUUAUGACCAUUGAGCUAGAGCUCAUUAAACAAGAGCAUACAGGAGGAGGAGAAGAGAAGCCCAAACAUAGCCCUGCUGCUCUUCUCUCCACCCUGUCCAAGCUCUCACACAAAAUCACUCUUGGCUGAGCGAGUGAAGGAUGCAAGAAGCGUGUAGAGGAGAAAAGGCCUUAAAGAGGAGGAAUUGGGAGGAUGAGUAGUCCCACAUCUGUAAAUUCAGUUUUAAGUGCAGACCUGUGGUGUAGUUUCACAGUGUAUUAUAGGACUCACAGGAGCCAUUGAACAUACCCUGUGCCACUGAUUUUUUAUGACCCAUUGAGUAAAACCCAUUUGGCAUCAAAAACCAUAAACAUUACAGGGUGCUGCUUUAAAUAUUUAGGGCAAGAGCUAAAUGCUCUCACAACUCUUUCUUUCUAUGAAACACACACACACACGCUGGUUCACUGGUGUGGCAGAACAGUGACACAUAACAUUAUUCUGCUAUCUCUCUAUCUAACACGGCCAUACUCUCUCUGUGGAUAAUGUGCAGUGUGAUGACCAUCUCACACCACGUUGUGUGCCCACAUAAGCACAUACAUGCAAACAUACACAAAAAAUCCUUUAAAAUCCGUUUUGACCGAUUUUUUCUGCUGAUCUCGGAAAAGAUUUUUUCCUGUUUUAUCCCUUUUCCACUGACACUGUGCUGAUGUCAGAGCUAUUGUAAAAAACAGCAAAACCUAUUAUGUAAUGGGCCACUUAGCACUGGAGUCAAGCCAUAAUGUAAUCAGAUUUAGAAGUUUCCCAGUAAAUGGUGUAAAAUUAGUUACGAUUGUGGAAGAUUUUACACUUUGUAAAAUUGGCUUUGAGAAUGCCUUUUACCAAGCCACAUCCAGAAUAUUUACAAAGCACAAAUAUUUACAUAGAGAGAUAGAUUUGGAUUAGGUUUAGAUUAGAUUAGGUUUUAAUUAUUUUAGCUAUUUAUUCUAUGUGUUUAAUGGUGCUAGGAACUUUUGUUAGUAUUAACAUUAGGAAUGUAGCUCCAGUUUAAUUUGUUGCAGUUGCCAGUAAAACAAUGCUUCCUCCAUGGACUGAUUGAGUCAUGGUCAGGAUAUUUGAUUUUGCUAGUUAUUUACCAAUGAUCUUUUGAACUUCCUGCACCAUUCAUGUAUUUUUUUUAAACAGGUUGCUCAUUAUGGUGCUGGAAUCAGAUCUAUUUUACUGGUGGAGAAGCAGCACUCUUUGCACUGAAUCACCUUAAAUUAUUUGUAGCACCAGCACCUUGUUGAGGGAAAAGGUCUGUUUCUGUCCUUUAUUGACUGCCUGGAAUCUAUGCUUUAACUGUUCCUUCUUUUUUUCUCUUCUCCCCUCCCUCUCUCUUUUUAUGCUCUUUCCUGUCCUCUUCAUCUGUUUCUCUUUCCUUCAUUUCAAACACUUAUUUCUGAUUUCUCUCAUCAAUUGCGUAAUGUCAUAAACACUUGAUCCACUGGUGCUACGGCAUCAUUUCCUGUUUCACUGUAGGCUGGUCCUUCAAAGUAGCCAUGCCUACCCUUUUUUAUAUUCAUUGCUUAAGGACUAAACAAAAGAACGUAGGCCAAACCCACGCAGAAAAUGUACACGUAGAUGCAUGAUCCAAUUCUAGAAAUCAGAAUCAGAGAAAAAGUACUGCCAUCAAAAACUUUCACAUACCCGUCAUGAUAUUUUAGAACAAUUUAUACUCCAGAGCACUGUUCCUCACCAUGUACGCACGAGGCUAGUAGCGGCCCCUGGAGGGCAACCUAGCGGAGACUGAGUGAAAUCCCCAACAUAGACACAAGUCUCUAAAAUAUCAUAAAAAUGUGUUUUAAUGAUCAACAUGUUGUGUUUCAUAUAACUUCACCACUUGGUGGAACUACUUCAAUUUUAGACUAGAGGUCAGCUGUGUUUCAGUAACAUGCUCACAUAAAAUGCAUAAAGUGAAACUGGACCAAGAUUACUUCUACCUAUCCACCUUUUAAACUGAACUGUUGCCCCCUGACUCUUUUUUUUUGGGUUGGUUUGCCCCUUCUCUGAAAUUUAGUGAAGAACACUGCUCUAGUACAACAUCCAUCUGCAGGACAAACUUUAAAUCCAUGCAGUGUACAGCUGCUACACCCAUGACUUAGGAAGGAGUGUGUGUUUGCAUGUGUGUGCUGCUCUGACUGUAGUGACUGAAACCCUCAGAAUGAAGUUGAUACUGCUAGCAGAGUUUGUGCACACACACAAAUAUGCACGUGCUUGCGCACGCACACACGCGCACACACACACACACACACACACACGAGAGAGUGGGGACUGCAACAGAGUCACUGUAUAAUAAAACACAAAAGACAAAACUAUGUUAAUUCAAACAGAAUCAGCCUAAUCUUUUGCCUCCCCACUCUCUCUCUCCCUCUUUCCUCUAUUUCAUUUUCAUUUUCUUUUUCACUGACUCAGUCUUCUUUGACCUGAGGUGAGUGUUUAUUUUUUUCCCCUUCCUCUCAACACAUUGCACACCAUUUCAAGCUACCAUGUUGUAUUUCCAUUACUGUUCCUUUCAUAAAACCUCCAUUCUUCCACUCCUUUACCGUCUUUCAUCCAUCUCUCGCUCUUCUUGAUUUGAACAAUACUCUGUUCAUUCCUGCCACCUCCUGCCCACAACAAGAAAACUCUCCUUUGGCCUUCUGAUGAUGCCAAAGCCAAAAUGCUAAUAUAGUUGCCUAGCUCUCUGCUGACUGCGAACGAUGAAUUUCUUUUCCCAUGUUUGUGUGCAUAUGUUUAGUGCAACAUGUCUAUAACCUGUCAAAAUGUUAAGAGAACAAAACAUUGAAGCAAAAAUGGAUUCUGUCUUUGUACGUACCUAAUGCUAGUUAUGACAUGCCGUGCAAUAGUUUACUGGACCUGUGUGGGAAACAGAGAUGUAAUUUGUAUUUAAUGAUAUUUAUAUAUGCAUUUUUGACUGACAUGGUAGGAUUCAUAUGGCUUUUUUUUUUUUUAUCACAGUCUUAGUAUCCUAGGCUAUAGGAAGUAAUGGUGUGGAAACCAGCAAGGCAAGAAGUCAUUAAGUUAGUGAUUGCAUAAAAUGUUAUAACCUGCAUAAAAUAUUUAUAAUCUGGAACAAGGACUUGAGGGGAAUUCACAUUGGAGUGGAACGUCAAGCCAAAGUCCAUUGAACAUCACAAUCGCAAGAUAUGAUUCUCCCACCAAGUCUUCGUCCCUCAAACACACUGUGAGCUAUGGAUGGGCUUGGAUUCGGAACAUAGUAGGGGUUAAGUGUGUAAGACAACUGUAAGGUGCAACUAGGACGUGUAGGGUUGCUGCACACUUGAGUGAAAGUCAGAUGCUUUUUAUGCAUUUCUGAAUAGAUAUGGAACAGCCACCUGCUUCCCUCCAUUAAACCUACAUUAAAAUAUGGAAUCAUUUCCAUGUUGUAUGUAUCAUGUACUUGUAUAUGUAUUAGUGAGGACUUCUGAUAACUCUCCCUUUCCUCAAAUGCAUUUUACAGUUUCUAAUCCUUUAUAUGUUUAAUUUGGUGUUAACCUCACUAGGCUAUUAGAGUUUAUUGUUAUGUGAAAUGUAUUGUAAAAAGGAAAUAAAGCUUGAGUUAAAAUCAAUCAUUUAAGAAACAAAUAAAUUCAGAGGUCAUAUGUA